CGGCCGGUGCCGGGGCGGGUCCUGGGCGGCGGGCGGGGCGCCGCGGCCGAGGCCCGGAAGCGGACCGAGGCCGCCCGGGUCCCAGCCGUCGGGCCGCCAUGGACGAGGCUGACCGGCAGCUCCUGCGGCGGUGCCGGGUGCGGCUGGUCGGCGAGCUGCAGGUGGCUUCGCUCUGGGACGCUCUGCUGACCCGCCAGCUCUUCACGCCCGCGAUGAUCGAGGACAUCCAGCAUGCGGGCUCAGGGUCUCGGAGCGAUCAGGUCAGGCAGCUUGUCAUAGAUCUAGAGACCCGAGGGAGUCAGGCCCUUCCUUUGUUCAUCUCCUGCUUAGAGGACACAGGCCAGGAUGCGCUGGCUUCAUUGCUGAGAAUGGGUCGGCAAGCAGAAAAGCAGAAUCCACAGGCCAUCAGACCCCUGGACCUCAUGCCUGUGGUGGUUGGACCAAUGGGCCUCAAACCAGAGGAGCUCAGAAGGAGGCAGUAUCCUUUAAAGCCGACUCCGGAAAACCUCACUCCAGUGGUGUUGGGGCCCGAGGAGCUGUGGCCAGCCAAGCUCCGGCCAGAGGUUCUCAGACCAGAGGUGCCUAGGCCAGUGGACAUUGGUUCUGGACCAUUCAGUGAUAUCUGUGCUCAGGAAGUUUCGAAGCGAGAUGCUGAUUUGGCGUACGUCCUGAACGCAGACCCCUGUGGCCACUGCCUCAUCAUCAACAACAUGAACUUCUGCCUCGAGUCGAGGCUCCAGACCCGUACCGGCUCCAAUAUCGACUGUGAGAAGUUGCAGCGACGUUUCUCCUUGCUGCAUUUCGUGGUGGACGUGAAGCAUGACCAGACGGCCAAGCAAAUGGUCCAGGUAUUGGUGGAGCUGGCUCAGCGGGACCAUGGUGCUCUGGACUGCUGCGUGGUGGUCAUCCUCUCUCAUGGCUGUCAGGCCAGCCACCGCCAGUUCCCAGGGGCUGUUUAUGGCACAGAUGGCUGUCCUGUGUCCAUCGAGAAGAUUGUGAACAUCUUCAAUGGAUCCAGCUGCCCCAGCUUGGGAGGGAAGCCCAAGCUCUUCUUUAUCCAGGCCUGUGGUGGGGAGCGGAAAGACCAUGGGGUUGAGGUGGCCUCCACGUCCCCUGAAGACAGGACCCCUGGCAGUGACUCCGAGUCAGACGCUGUCCCGUUCCAGGAAGGCCCAGGCACCUUUGACCAGCCGGACGCCGUGUCUAGUUUGCCCACACCCAGUGACAUCUUUGUGUCCUACUCCACCUUCCCAGGUUUUGUUUCCUGGAGGGACACCAAGAGCGGCUCCUGGUACGUGGAGACCUUGGAUGGUGUUUUCGAGCAGUGGGCUCGCUCUGAGGACCUGCAGACCCUCCUGCUCAGGGUCGCUAAUGCUGUUUCGCAGAAAGGGAUUUACAAGCAGAUUCCUGGUUGUUUCAAUUUCCUCCGGAAAAAACUUUACUUUAAAAUGUAAUGAGGCCAGGGCCCCUGCACCCUUUACCCCAAAACCUUCCUGCUCCAGGCCCAGCGGCAGUGGACGUCUGGUCUUUGCUACAACGACAGCUGUCACUCUUCGAAGGGGUUUGUGGCCUGUAGUGGGUCUGCUCUUUCCCCACCAGGGGCAGACAGGCUCUUAGCAGCUUCCAAAUUGGAGACGGAUGACUGGCGACACAGGAAGCAGAGCAGAAGAAAAUCAAGGACACCCAGGACUCUUACCAGUGGCCUGUUCUCCGGCUAGUGGCUGUGGCCUAUGACCCCUGUGUUUUCUGUAGAGUAAGGCUCUUUAACCUCAGUCUGAUCGACAUUUGGGGCCAGAUGUUGGGGGGGGGGGCGCGUCCCGUGCAUGGUGGGACAUUUAGCAACAUCCCUGGCCUCUACCCUCUAGGUGCCAGGAGCACCUCCCCCUGCGUCGUGACAACCCAAAAUGUCUCCAGACAUUGCCACAUGUCCCCUGGUGGGACACCCCUUGAGAACCACUGAUCUACAAGAAACUUUGGUUACAAACAAUCUCUCUUAGAUCAGCAAGUCUGGGGCUACUAGUCUGAAAAGCUGGAGUCUGCAAAUCCUCAAUGAGGUUUUAAAAAUGAUCAAUUUUUCUUAUAUUCUAGUAUUAAAAAAAUCUUAGGGGCAUAUGGACACUUUUUCCCCCUUAUUUUGCUCCAACUCUUUGUUUUUCCUUAUAAAGGGGAUUUUUGCUUUUCUGGGAACAUUUCCCUGUCUCUUACUUCAUGUGAACCCCACCCCAUCCCAGGGAAGGAUGACAGGUCUGGGAGCCGUGUCCUCAGGGAAGUUUGGUCACUGAGCCAAGGGGAGCGUAGAUACGGCCCCACCCCUGAGGUCUUGUAUGCGAUCCUGACCCUGGCCAAUUUGGAGCUUUUAGGGCCUUGGACUUGAGGAUUGUUUGCUAAGACUCACCAAGAUGUGAUUCACGCAGUUGUCUCUUGGUUAUUAUUUACCCCCCGCCUGUGACCUUUCCAAGUGUGAAAUAGUCCCGGGGGCUUCUGGCGGUUACUUACCUGUGGUCACCUGCGGGAUGGUACAAGGAAACAAUCCAAUUAACCCGACAGAGCCAAGCAGCGCUUGGCCCUCUGCCUGCUCCCUGCUUCCAGGCUCUGGACUCGCCCCUCAUGCGAAUCAGGUGGUCCUUGCCCGAGGCGCCCGCCCGAAUCGUGUUCAGGACGAAAAGAUGUUAUCACAGCUUUUCACUGACCUGGCGGGGACUUCCUAUAAAGGGGUGGGGUGGGGGGGGUCUUAGCCCAGAGUUCUGUUUGGGCUUCCGAGCAGCGGGCCUGUGAACUCCUGAAAAUCAUACGCCGAAUGUGUAGAGGGACAGGUGCUGAGAUUUCACUUGUCUCUCAAGGGGCUUGAGAGCCUCAAACGUUUAACAACCAGCGCCGUUUGCAAGGCCACCCCCAUGGCGUGUUUUCAGAGGCUGGGUAGCAGUGUCUAUGAAACAUUUUACUGCCCCAGCUCCACCGUCCAGUGACGCUGCUGGGGCCAGCUCUCCAGCACAGAUACGCCGACCAGUGUGCAAGAGUGCGUGUCCCAGGAUGUUCGCUGCAGCGGUGGGAGAGAGAAUAGGGAGCGGGUGAAAGGGUCACUCCUCCUAUUCAUAAUAUGGAAUAUUAUUUAGCUGUCCAAAAGAAUGGCCCGGAUGUACGUGCUGACACGUAAAAUGUGACACAGUGCCGAGUGAAAAACACCCAGUUGCAGAGCAGUAGGAAGCAUAAAAUGCUAUUUUUGGUUAGAAAGCUAUGGUCUAUGAAUGUACCCAUAUGGACGUGUGAUGUAUGCACAUAAAUAAAGUCCAGAAGGCCAUCCACCGUGCUGUUAACCAUGAUCGCCUCUGCAAGGUGGAACCGGAGAAAUAAAAUGAGGGAGACUUCGCUUUUUGACUCGAUACGCUCCCAGAUUCUUCUCAUAUUUUUACAAGGAGUACACAUAUUGCCUUCUAAACUAAAAACCGUGGAUACGAAGACGCACGUGUCGCCGUUCAGCGAACAUUUGUUGAAAGGACGAAUGCCCUCGGCCACCUGUCUCCUGCCACCUCCCUGCUCGCGCUUUUCAUUGGCAGCCUCCUGACUUCGGCUCGUCACCUGUCUGGGUUUGCGUGGGCAGGUGUCCCCAAGUGCAGUGUGGGGCUCCAAGCCGCACAUGCACGGCCCCCCUCCCCCCCCCCCCCCGGGGCUGGGACCGCUGCGAGGCUGCCCCCGCCUUUCUGCAGCUGCUGGGGGGGGGGGGCCUCCACCCGGGGACGGCUGGCUGCUGGGCUCUGCCAGUCCUGGAGCCCGUUAGCAUAUGUGCCUGUCCUGGCUGCUGUCCCACAAGCCCAGGGCCUCUGCCCAGCUGCCUCACGAGGCUGGCCUUCCCCGUUGAUCCCCUCCGACAUCUGGCCACGCUUUCGGCCGUGGCCUGCUCUGUUGUGCCUGUGUCUGCGCCUGGGAACAGCCAAUGCUGGGGCAAAAAGGACAAUUGUCCCCGGCAGUUGGGUCCCCGAGGUGCUGCCCGGACCAUCUGCACGGUGACUCGCACAGCAGCCGGGGCUGGAAAGGGUCCUAGGAUCCGGCUGGGCAAAGGCCCUGAGCAACCUCGCAGCCAGCCAGCCUGGGGCCAGGCUCCUUUGAGAUGCUGGUGGCUCCUCAGAACCUCAACUCCAGUUCUCCUCUGCCCAGACGGAAUCGUGGCCUUUCCCCAGGGGAGCAAAGAGUAAACUGGAUUAAUGGGCACUCGCUUCUUGAUUUUACACAGUUCUCCAGCAAACUUUUCUGGAAUCUCCGGUGCCUGUGACCACCCGAUGGCGAAGAGAGGCAGGGGGAGAAAUGAACAAGGGGCCGGCGCGUAUUGAGACGUGGAGGCAGCCACCUGCUUAUUUUCACGGUGCCCGUCUGACAGCGUAGUUUUCCUCCCGUGACCACAUGCUCAUGGCUGUGGUUUCAUACUUGAUUUUAAAUUUUUAAUGUUUACUAUUGAAAGAGAGAGUCAGAGCAUGAGCAGGAGAGGGGCAGAGGGAGAGGGAGACACAGAAUCCGAAGCGGGCUCCAGGCUCCGAGCUGUCAGCACAGGGCCCGACGCGGGGCUCGAACCCACAAACUGCGAGAUCAUGACCUGAGCUGAAGUCGGACGCUCAACCGACGGAGCCACCCAGGCGCCCCCAUACUUGAUUUUGAAACAAGACUGUUGGUUUGACUCAGUUCUCUGCAGAUUACAUUUAAAAUAAUGAAAUCA